AUGGGCUUCGAGCGUAGACAUGUGUCCAGGUUGGUACCGGCCAACUUGAGGGUGUUGUCUCCUUUGCUCCUUGCAGUAGCUAUUGUCAAUUCGGCAACCCUCGGAUACGAUGCUUCGGUCAUGAACGGCCUCCUUAUCCUUCCCUCAUACACUAAAUAUUUCCACUUGACUCCUGCAUUAGAGGGACUCAAUAACGCUGCAUCAUGGAUGGGGGGCAUUUUGGGAGCAUUCUUGAUGCAACCGAUUCCCGAUUACUUUGGACGUCGCCGAGCUAUCGUGGUUGCGUCAGUCAUUACAGUCGUCGGCAUCAUUCUCCAAGCCGCAGCUCAGAACAUCGCCAUGUUCGUUAUCGCUAGAAUCAUUGUUGGCAUCGGCUCUGCAAUCAGCAAUGGUUCUGCUCCAACCCUACUAGGAGAGCUUUUGCCUGCUCGAAAGCGCGGCCGCAUUCUUGGCCUCUUCUUUUCGUGCUUCUAUGUGGGGAGCUUGGCCUCGGCCAUUGUCAACUACGGCAGCCAAAAUAUCCAAAGCACCUGGUCCUGGCGUCUUCCCUCUCUACUGCAGUUUGUACCUAGCUUUUUGGCAGUGAUUCUGGUACCGUUCGUUCCGGAGUCACCGCGAUGGCUGAUUUCAAAAGGCCGUGAUGACGAAGCUCUUGAAGUUCUUGUCAUCAUGCAAGGCAAGGGCGUCGAAGACAUCCAACAAGGUCAGGAGAGCUUGCAUGAGAUCAGAGCCAUCAUGAAAAAGGAGGAAGAGGAAUAUCCUAGGAACCCGUGGAGAGAAAUUAUGUCCACGCCUGCCAAUCGGAAACGUCUCGCGAUUCUUUGCUCAUUCGGCCCCAUGAUUAACAUGUUUGGCAACUUUAUCAUUUCAUCUUACCUCACCAAAAUCCUGACUCAAGCCGGCAUCAGAGACACAGUGAAGCAGACGCAGAUCCAGGUCAUUCUGAAUUGUUGGUCCUUUGCUGUCGCGGUCUUUGGCAGCUUCAUGCUCGACAUAUUGGGCAGGAGGAAGCAGACCUUCAUUGGCGUGGGCGGUAUGAUUGCUAUGCUCUACAUCGUUGGUGGUCUAAUCAAAACGUAUGGAGAAAGCACCAAUCAAUCUGGAAUCUAUGGCACAAUUGCAGUCAUCUUCCUAUUUCAGGGGUUCUAUGCCUUUUCCAUCACACCAAUGACCAGUCUAUAUCCCACAGAAGUCUCGCAGUACAAACUUCGGGCUACAGGAAUCGCCAUUUUCCGCAUGUUGGACUCUGGAUUUGGACUGCUGGCUUCAUUUACAAUGGCAUACGCCAUGGCAGAUUUGGGAUGGAAGUUUUACUUCAUCAAUGCUUCCUGGAAUGUGGUUUUCCUCGUCAUAGCAUAUUUCACGUUUGUGGAGACUAAGGGACUCAAGCUGGAAGAAGUUGCUGCGAAGUUUGAAGGACCCAGAAUACUGGAAGCGAGCAUGGAAGAUUCGGCCUCGCAGGAUAUUGCAGUCACUGCGAAAGGGAUGCAAAGUUUCGAUGCAAAAUCCAUGUAG